UCCCUACUUGUUGUUAUGAAUUGGAUAUAAAAGCAUUGCAGAAAUUGCCAAGGCACAUAUUCAACAAUUUGUGUAUUAAGAUAUAGUUACUGUUACAACCAAAGACAAAAUGAAAUCCUUCAUUGUUUUCACUUGUGUUUUAGUGGCAGCCAUGGCUAGCCAUUUGCCAAACCUGCCCGAAAGUGAAAGAAUUAAACUAGCUAAAGUACAUGCCGACUGUCAAGCUGAUCCCAAAACCUAUGUAGAUGAAGAUAAAUUAAGAAACCUUCAAAACAACAUCAAUGACCAUCAAGUAGGUGUUCAUAUGUUCUGCAUGGCUGUAAAAGCAGGAUUAUUGAAGAGCAACGGAGACCUUGAUAUUCCUGCUAUUACCAGCAAAGUUUCCUUGGUGGUGAAAGAUCAUUCUAAGGUUGAUGGACUCGUCCAAAAAUGCGCCAAAAAAUCAGAUAACUCUGGAAAAACCGCCAACUUGUUGUUCGUGUGCUUCGUCCAAAACGACAUUCAAUACUACCAUAAAUUGUAAAUUUUCUAGUAUACCAAAUUGAAGCUGUAACCAAAUUGUAUUUAAUAAAGAAUUAUGUGAACGUUACAA